AUGAAGAGAAGAAAGACGCGGAAAGAAAGACAUGCUCAUCCCCAGUUUCCUGGACCCGAGGAUCUGAUUGAGAUGAGAUCACGGACUCACAGUGGGGGGCCUGAGACGAGAGGAAACCGAGAUCUAAUGGAAAUCGGUAGAGCGACUCUUUUUAUACAUUUGAGCUUCGUCUACUCAAAUUUCUUGCAAGAAAAUAAUUUCUAAAUUUGCUUACGCCUGUCUUAAGCCCCAUAUUAGUGAUCAGCUUUUUGGUUCUCCAUAAAAUAUCGAGUAAAACCAAAAGAAGCGGAAACAAUCCCUGGGAGACUCCCAUAUGAAAGUGGUGGGGACACUCGUUGUCUCGUUUAGGAGUGUAAAUUUCGGAUUUUGGUCUCACUUAGGGUUUUCCGGGCAAAACAUCAUUAUAUUUAGCCGUAAAGGUCUCUUUUAGGGUUGCACGCGAAGAAAUUUAAAAAACAUGAUAUAUUUUCAAUUCGUUUUAUUUACUCGAUUCAUGUAAUCAAAGUUUAAAAUGAUCUCUUUUUAGGGGUCAAAAAAAGGUUGGGUCAGGCCCAGAUUGGUCUCCUUUAGGGGUGUAAUUCAAAAUUUCCGACGAGCAUCCCCGCCCCUUUCAUAUGGAAGCGUCCCCCCCCCGGAAAAAUAAGUUUAUGAUAUAACAGGGUCUGGAACGGUAUUCUCUGGAUCCGAGAAUUUUUUACCGAAAUUUAGAGCGGGAUUCGGGAAAACGCAAAAUUUCUAGACGGGAUACGUUAUUUUGACCACUACUCGGAAAGCGGGAUUGGCCAAAUCUUGGCGCGGGAUGCGAUAUUGGGAUAUCGGGAUGCGGGAUUCUCGUGAGAGGGAGCGUGAAUGCGGCGGGAUCCGGACCCCACUUCCAGACCAUGAGUAGUUACCCUGAUUGUACCACUCUCAAUUUUCAUUUUAAAGAAUCAUCAUUAACGUCUCUUUUCCUUGCAGGAAGCGGUUUGCAGUCGUUUGCGAGCUGCACUGCUGAUAGCAAAGAUGAAUGGGAAAUUCCACGUGAUGUUCUCAUUAUUGGUCACACAAUUGGUGAAGGACAGUUUGGUCUGGUAUUGGAAGGCACGCUCAUGACUGGUAAGUAUGGGAAGGGGGUUAGGCGUCGAGAAACGCUCUUGUAAAGGAGGGAGGUGUAUGUGUGAGUGUAUGAGAGAGAGAAUGGGUGCUGCGGAUUGGUGCGUAGCCGCGCCGCGUACUGUUAGAUUCAGAUUCCAAACUGACAAUUGGUUAAAAGUUCUUAGUACACCGGGAUUAUUUCUUGCGGUCAACGGUAGAAAAAGAGUCUAUCUAUUUCUUCAUCUCUUCAUUGACACUCAUUCAGCGGCGUUAGUCAUUUACCUUUUAAGUUCACCAAUUUCGAUAUAUUAAAAUUUCUACUUGGCUCCGAGUCCUAGGAGAAUAAAACAAAAGAAAUGAAUUAUUCAUUGCUUAGCCUCAAGGCGACUUCUUUUGUUUUUAUUCCCCUACGGCCUCGAAGCCAAGUAUGAAUUUCAAUGCAUCGCAAUUGCUCUACUCAUGUGUUUGUUACCAUGGCUUUCGUUCAUUCAUCCUUUCAUUAAUUCCUCCAUCCACCCAUUCAUUUACAAUAUCUUUUUUAAAAGAAAGGCGGGAUGAUGUACUGUAGUCGGCUAUCUUCGGUUUGAAGCAACAAAGCAAAAUAUUUGAAACAAACGGACGUUUGUUUUUUGUUGCAGAGGAGGGUCCGCUGAAGGUUGCCGUGAAAACGAUCAAAGAAAAUGCAGAUCGUUUCGACAUCAAAGAUCUUUUGCAGGAGAUGGAAAUGAUGAAAAAGAUUGGUCAGCAUCCACAUAUCGUCAGCCUGGUGGGCACGUGCACCACACCAGGACCGCUGUACAUCAUUACCGAAUACGUGUCAGGCGGCAAUUUACUUGAUUAUCUCAGGGCCAGUAGGCCAGACGAUGAGACCUACGUCAACGUCACGUCCACGCUCAGUUCCCGUGACCUGCUGAAAAUUGCGCUGGAUUGUGCACGGGCAAUGAGCCACAUUGCCAAAAAAAAAUUCGUCCAUCGGGAUCUUGCAGCUAGAAAUAUUCUUCUUACUGAAGAACACGAGGCUAAAGUUGCUGAUUUUGGGUUGGCGCGUGAUAUUUACGGCCAUGGACAGUACGUGAAAACCGGUGGAGGAAUACUGCCUAUCAAAUGGAUGGCUCCAGAAUCUAUUCAGGAUCAAGUAUAUACUACCAUGUCUGAUGUCUGGUCAUUCGGGGUUCUCCUAUGGGAAAUCGUCACCAUCGGGGGUUCUCCAUAUCCAUGUGUCCCGGUAAAUCUUCUCUUAACGAAGCUCCUGUGCGGAUAUCGUAUGUCUAAACCAGCGCACUGUUCCGAAGAGCUUUAUAACUUGAUGAUGUCGUGCUGGGACAUGAAUCCCGAGGCUAGGCCGAACUUUUCCGAACUGUGCCACAUACUUUCAGAGAUGCUGUCGGAACCGGCGAGGUCUUACGUGAACGUCACUGUAAGUGACGAAAGAUUUCAAGGGCAUGUGGAGGAAAGCUCUGGUAAUGCGCAUGAGCAGACCACCUCAGUUUAG